AUGCCGCCGAAGGAGACGGUGCUGGACCUCGCGCGGUUCAUCGAUCGCGGCGUGCGCGUCAAGCUCAGCGGCGGUCGCGAGGUCACGGGGACGCUCAAAGGGUACGAUCAGCUGCUGAAUCUCGUCCUCGACGAGGCGAUCGAACAUCUCAGGGACGCGGAGGACGCGCUGAAGAUCUCGGACGAGACCAGGGCGCUCGGGCUGUUGGUGUGCAGAGGGACGAGCGUGAUGGUGGUGUCGGCGCUGGACUCGAUGGAGGAGAUCGCGAACCCGUUCUUGGCGGAGGACGGGGGGGCGAUUUGA